AUGUCUCGCCAGUCCUGCGGUCUUGGCAAGGGCUUCAGCUCCAGCUCUGCUUGCCUGGGAGGGAGGAACAAGGUCACGUUCAGCUCCGUGUCCCAUGGAGGAGGCAGGGGACCUGGCAACGCUGGCGGCUUCAGCAGCAGGAGCCUCUACUGCUUGGGAGGGGGUAGAAGUACCUCUCUGGGAGGAUUCGGUGGAGGUGCUGGUGUCUGCAGAGGUUUUGGGGCUGGUGGCCCAGGCUAUGGUGCUGGGGUAGGAUUCGGUGGUGUGGCUGCAGGCGGCUUUGGCGGAGGCCUUGGUGGUGGCUUUGGUUGCUUUGGUGGAGGAUUUGAUGGUGGGAUAGGGGGUCAAGGCUUUCCCCCUUGCCCACCGGGCGGCAUCAGAGAAGUGACCAUCAACCAGAGCCUGCUGGCCCCACUCAACCUGGAAAUCGACCCUGAGAUCCAGAGGGUGCGAAUGCAGGAGCGGGAGGAGAUGAAGCAGCUCAACGACAAAUUUGCUUCCUUCAUUGACAAGGUGCGGUUCCUAGAGCAGCAGAACCGAGUCCUGGAGACCAAGUGGAAGCUCCUGCAGGAGCAGGGGGGCACAGGGCCGGGAGGCAGGAACCUCGACCCCUUCUAUGAAACCUACAUCAGCGGGCUGAGGAAGCAGCUGGAUUGUCUCUCAAGUGAGAAACAUCAGCUGCAGUCAGAGCUGAAGAACUUCCAAGACAUGGUGGAAGACUUCAAGACCAAGUACGAGGAGGAAAUAAACAAAAGGACAGCUGCAGAGAACGACUUCGUGCUCCUAAAAAAGGACGUGGAUGGAGUCUAUAUGAACAAGGUGGAACUUCAGGCAAAAUUAGAUUCUCUGGCUGAUGAGAUCAACUUCUUGAAGUGUCUUUACGAAGCAGAGCUGUCCCAGAUGCAGAAGACCGUUUCUGACACCUCUGUGGUUGUCUCCAUGGACAAUAACCGAAACCUGGACCUUGACAGCAUCAUUGCAGAGGUCAAAGCCCAAUACGAGGAGAUUGCCAAAAGGAGCCGGAUGGAGGCUGAGUCUUGGUACCAAUGCAAGUACGAAGAGCUGCAGGCUACGGCAGGCAAACAUGGAGACAGCCUGAGGAGCACAAAGACUGAGAUCUCUGAGCUCAACCGCACGAUCCAGAGGAUACGGGCUGAGAUUGAGAGCGUGAAGAAACAGUGUGAAGCUCUGCAGAGCUCUAUUGCGGACGCCGAGCAGCGCGGGGAGGUGGCCCUGAAGGAUGCCAGGGCCAAACUGACCGAGCUGGAGGCCGCCCUGCAGAAGGCGAAGCAGGACAUGGCCCGGCAGCUCCGCGAGUACCAGGAGCUGAUGAACGUCAAGCUGGCCCUGGACAUCGAGAUCGCGACCUACAGGAAGCUGCUGGAGGGCGAGGAGUGCAGGAUGUCUGGAGAGUGUCAGAGCACUGUGAACAUCUCUGUGGUGGGAGGCGGAUACGGCAACGGACUGUGCCUUCCAGGAGCAGGAGGAAUCGGAUUCGGAGCUGGAAGUGGGAGAGGCAGCUGUAACACCGGCGGUGCUGGCUUCUGCUACAGCUUAGGAGGGGCUGGAUUUGGCUCUGGAGGGCCAGGAUUCUGCUCUGUGGGUGGAGGGUCCAACUCAGUGGUGGUGGGGUCUGGCUCUGUCCUGAAGAAGACCAGCAAUGUGUCUGCCAGUCGGAGAGCCUAG